UUAAUUCAACAUAAAAUCCACGUAGUUAUAAUAAGAAAGCAAAUAGGGAAACUUUCCACCCCUUGUUAUGGGUGAAUGAGCUCAUUAACCUGUAACAACAGUGUGACCUUAUGUGUCGACAUUGAACACUAUGUGGUGAAAAAAUGGAGAGCAGCAAAUGAUGGCAUGCUGGAGGCAGACAAGACGAAAGAGCUGUGCUAAAGGACUUCCAGUGCAUGCUCAUUUUAGAAAACGGUACCUACCUUCAACUGACAUUCAUGUCUUUGUCUCACUUUAAGAGAAACGCGUUCCCCAACAUCAGCAUGAUCAUCAUGAUCGUCAUUAGCAACCCUGUAGGGAACCUCAGAUACUGGAAAACUCUUUACAUUUCCCCUCCCAAAAAAAAAUCACCUACAUAUCAUUUCUGAUAUACAAAUGAUGGCCUGUGACAUUAUUAUGCAGAGCAGAGCGUCAGAGCCCUUAUUUCAUCCAAUUUGAGAUCUCCAAAGAUUUAUAUUUAAAUGAAUGUCAGUUAAGUCACUGUCUAUCACAGAGUGAAGUAACACAUGGGGAUAUAGUCUUUGGCCCAGUGAUAAAUGCACUUGCAGGAUUAUAAAUGGAACAGUGGAGACAUUCCCGACAUGCAUUCAAAUCCCAAGCUGUGCAGUGAGUGAUGUGAUUUAUAUCACCCAGCAGUUGUUGUUCCACCAGAGAUGAUAGACAGAGCCACAAACUCACUUGUGUGUGUAGUGCGUAUAACUUUUUUCUCGCCAUAGAUGGCGCCAAAUAAACUGAAAUGGGUAUCUUUGAGAUUUUAACGCAAAACACUGGGUUUUUGACUGAUGAAAUGGAAUAUUUUUUGACUGCUUUCAACUGUUUAACAAUAAGCAUUUAGAGAGCCUGAUGCUAAGUGAAUUGAUGGAUAUUUUUUUAAAAGGGCAUUAAAGCCUACUGCAUCUGUGCUAAUGGAUCUUAUGAAUAUGUUGGCGUUAAGAGAGUUACAUGAAGAGUCUGGAGAGAGAUGUGGAAGACAGGAUUCAGAGAAGGAGAGCAAAGGAGGAAAGGGCAAACGAACUCAAAGACAAAGGGAACAAAGCUUAUACCCGACAAGACUUCCAACUGGCCGUGGAGUUUUACAGUGAUGGGCUGGCAGAAUUACGUGACAUGCAGCCACUAUACACCAACAGAGCACAGGCCUAUAUUAAGCUGGGAGAGUUCAACAAGGCCGUCAGUGACUGCGAAUGGGCCCUGAAGUGCAAUGAGAGAUGUCUCAAAGCUUAUGUACACAUGGGCAAAGCAUAUGUUGGCCUACGGAAUUAUAAAGAGGCAAGAAACUGCUAUGAAAAGAUUGUGGAAAUUGAACCUGAGAGGCGGAAAAUGGUGAACGAAUACCUGACUCAGCUGGAAUGGGAGGAGGAGCGAGAGAGGCAGGAGUUAAGUGCCACAGAGGAGUUUGACAGGGGAGGACAGAAGGCCUCCACAGUGCCUCAGCUGCUGGAUAAACUCUCAAGGCCCAACCAGAGCCCCCUAUACUACUGCGGAGGGCUGCAACUUCUUUCGAAAGCCAUUACUGACUGUACUGGUCAGACCCUCUUCCGGCUGAAUAAUGGAUUCAGCAUCGUCAUCAGCAGUGACACAGUAAGGAGCGGUUUGUCCCGUGGUUCGAGGACUUUGUGCGCCCCAGAGCUGUGUGCUUCGCUGCUGAGAUUAUGGCGGGUGAUUUGCAGUGGAAACGAUGAAAACCAGAAAACACUGAUGGCGUGCACCGUCUCCAGCCAGUCCAUCGUGGACUGUCUAGCCUCGGAACACAUGGCGGUGCGACAAGAGAGUCUGUCCCUCCUGUGCCUGUACUCCCAGACUCAGCGCAGCAGACACAUGGCAAUUGAAGGCCUGAAUGUGCAAAUGUUGAUGAAGAAUCUAAUGCAAUGCAUCGCAAGCCCAAAGGAUCAGGAAGAGAUCAGAGCUCUGGCUGUGCUGGAGAACUUUGCAUCUGAAAACAAAUUUUGCAUGCAGCUACGGGAUAAGCUAUCUGAAACUGUCUUAGUCCCGGUCACAACAAUACUGAAAACCUUCGACCUGACCAAUCAGCAUGUUCUUCCAUCUUUGAUCUCAUCAAUCGGCUGUCUGGUCCGUGAUGAUGUCAUCCGUCAUAAUAUGGCUCACUCACCGAAAUGUUGGGAGGCGUUUGUGGUUGCCUUGAAACAGUGCAGUAGCAGUGAAUACAGAGACAACCUUUAUCCGCUGCUUGGACUGAUCUUCAACAUUUCAACCGUGGUCACCUCUCCUGGCCUCCAGGAACACGGCAUUCCCCUCUGCACAUGGUGUCUGGCUCUGCUGAGUGAUAGCCACGGAGGAAUAAUCACUAGAGCUGCUGGUGUGCUCAGCCACGUCCUCCCACAAUGCAGUGCGGCUCUUGAGCUCGCUGUCCGCAGGGGGGUGGUCACCACCAUGCGCCGGCUCCUGAAGGGAGCAGGACCAACCAGCACUAAGUAUGCCAUUAAGACCCUCACAGUGUGUACGGCUGCCAGUCACCUGGCACGAGAGGAGCUGCUGGAGUCUGAUAAAAGGCUGUCGGUCCUCCGCCGCCUGCUGCGGUCCAGCGAUGAUGAGGUGGUGCUGGGGAACGCCGCCCUGUGCCUGAGCCACUGCCUGGAGGUGCAGGGAGCAGCCCUGAACCUGCUGGCCACCGACGCCGUUCCUCUGCUGCUGCGCCUGGCUGCAGCCGACAACACCCCCGCCGGGAGGACGGAGGCCCAGCGCAACGCCGCCAUCGCGCUGGGGAAGCUGUGUCACACUGAACCCAGACAUAUGCACAAACUGCGGGAGCUGCACGGCGUCGAGGUCCUCCACUCCUGCAUGAAGCUCAUCACUUGAAGCUCAUCACUGCUGAGCCACGGGUGUCACAUCAUUUUUCAUAGCAUUUCAAUUUCUCCUUCCCGUGUGAUUUCCCUUCGUCUUUGACCGUACGUCUCAAUGUCACCUCUGCCUCGAGAAAGAAAUUUAAUAAAUAAAUCGACCCAGUGCCCAUCACCCUUUUUCAAACAGGCUAAUUACUCUGGACCAAAUGUACCAUCUCGUCCCAUUGAUUAAACCCCCAGAUGAGCGGCAUCACAUCCUCUAGCCUCACCCCCUCCUCACAGCUGCGUGAUCGUGUUAGAGGUGCCAUAGCUCAGCUUUUAUUCCCAUUGAGGUAUAGUUGAUAUAAUCUUUUUUAUAUGUGUGUGUAUGUAAACGGCUGUCAAGGGCGAUUUGAGACGGCAGCUUUAGUUGAUUGUCUCUGACCGCUACUUGGCCCCUCAGCCCUUUGAUAUAAGGCAGCCUGUUUGUGGCUCUGUCCUUACAAAUAGGGAAUUUAUGGCUUUUUGCAACCACGUUUUUCCUGGCAAUUCAAGGCUGAACGAUUUCCAUUCGCGCAGCUGCUACUGUGGUACUUAUAAUAUGAUACUUGGAAAACGACAUUAAAAAAACAUCGUUUUUUCUGCUUUAGUGGUUUGAGUAUUGUAUUGUUAAGUGCCGUGGCAUCCUAAAUAUAAACGCAUAAGUGGUAAGGUAUUUGCUGAAAGAAAAAUAGAUGGAGGGCAAGGUGCUUGAGAUCCGGUGAAAACAGCUUAAAAUACAUACACACAAUGACAGGUCAAUAUUGCCCACAAAGCAACACCAUUAUGACGGGAUGAGAUUCCUUUAUUGGGCUUUAGAGUUCAUAAAACCAUAAAUCCUUCUGACGUUUGAACUGAUGUAUUCUUGUGUAAAGUGCAGUAGCAUGCUGUUAUGUUUAAUGCAUUGCUAUUCUGCACAGUGCCUCACACAUGGGCCGUAAUUGCUGGUUUUACAAUCGCGUGAGCCCUGUAGUAUGCACGCCUCAUUCUAACUCCACUGAUAGGAUCUGCAUUUGAAAAUGCUAUUUUACUCCCAGACUCUGGUUAAAUUGACUUUCCUUCUUCUCUUUGACAUGAUCUGUUUUUGUUAUUCCAGAAAGGUCUCAAAAGAUUGAUUGGAAAAUGAAAUUGAAAGCUCACGACAGCUUAACCAAAAGUCAAAUCAAUUUCCCCCUAAAAUAAGUAUAUGUAGAUGGGGAUCGACCUUUCGAUACUUAUUGCACCAACAAUAAUUUCUCUGUCGGCCUUUAAUAAGUUGAGAGGCAAGUUAAACAAACAAAAAACGUAAUAUCCUGAAAUCUUUUUACGGUGUGAAUUUAAUGAAUCCAUAAUGUUGCAAACGCCCUUGUUGUGAUGCGGCUGCCCAAACGUCCUUACCAUAUGCGAUGAAAUUACACAUGCACGACCAUCUUAAGAAACGUACCGUGACCAAAAUGGGAUACCUGCAGUGUUAUCACUGUAAGCCUCCGUGUUGACGGGGGAGGCAGGAGCCAAUGAAGAUCUUGGUUUGUUUGUCAUAGAAAUUCAAACCGUGAAUAAAUCAAGUGUUGAGGACAUAAGCUUCCAGUAAAAAGACUGUGAGGGUUAUGUGUGCUUUGCAAAGUACACAAUUUGCAAUGAGGGCGUAUUUAUUCUUUCCGGAUAGAGAUAAGUCCAGAGAUAAGUAAAACCCUGAAGCAAGAGGGCAAAUUAAUACACUGAGCUUUUUGUGCCCAUUUUUUUUCCAACCUGUGCCCUGGUAAGUUAUUUGUUUGUUUUCCAUACAUGUAUAAUUUAUUAGGAACAUCUCAUUAUUUUGUGUUUUUUGGGAGACAACAUAUUUUCAUGAUUGUUUCAUCUCUGGAUACAUAUAUUAAACAAAACUUACCAUAUUAA